GGUACUCUGGUGCGCAGGACCUUGCUACACGCAGCACUCAGAGCAUGUAUCAUUCAGCACUGGUGGAAGGUGACGCUGGCAAAGCUGCUGGAGGACAGACGGCGAGUGACCCUAGAGUUUUAUGCACAGCAAGAAUGGGCAGUGGUCAAGCUGCAGUCCUUGGUCCGCAUGUGGCGCAUACGCCUUCAUUACUGGAAUUUGCUCCAUGCUGUCCGCAUCAUCCAGAUCUAUUGGCGCUGGCACAAUUGCCAUUCCCGUGGCUUUUUCCAUGGCAACUAUGACCUCACAGCAACCCAUCUGGGACUUGAACUUGAGAUCUCUCUGGGGUCACAAAUGUGUCAGAUUACAGACAGCAUCCCCUUCCCAAUAAAGAACUAA